GUGUUGGUUGCUUUGUUUUUAGUCACAAAAAAAUAAGUGUAGAAUAAAUUCAUCAUUACUUCGUAAAUAGAUAGUUUAUUAAUUAAAUACGAUUAUAAAUUUCUUAAUAAUGGAUGGAAAAGAAGUUGUUGAACACUUAGUGGCUCUAAAAGUAAUGCGGCUGACAAAACCUGCAUUGAUUAGUCCCAAAAUUGUAACUUGUGACUUUAAGGAUUUACCAGGAAAUAUUUUGAACAACUAUUUAAAGGAUGAUGCUACAUCGGUCGUUCAAAUGGAGACACUGGCAGCUGGACAGUUCCUGUUGCUGCCUCAGAGUUUUGGCAAUAUAUAUUUAGGCGAGACAUUUUCGUGCUAUGUUUGUGUUCAUAAUGAAACAAACCAACCUGUUCAAAGUGUAUCUAUUAAAGCAGACCUACAAACGAGUUCAUACAGGAUCCCACUAACAACUCAACAGAAUUCAGCUCCUCUUAUGCUAGAUGUAGAUGAAACACUCAGCGAUGUUAUACACCAUGAAGUUAAGGAUCUAGGCACUCAUAUUUUAGUGUGUGAAGUAACUUACAUGUCUAAUUACAAUACGUUGGCUUCAUUUCGCAAAUUCUUUAAGUUUGAAGUCAUGAAACCUUUAGAUGUAAAAACUAAAUUUUAUAAUGCUGAGUCUGACGAUGUAUUUGUUGAAGCACAAGUGCAAAACAUUACUUCAGGGCCAAUCAUACUUGAGCAGGUUUCAUUAGAAAGCUCCCCUCAGUUCACUGUAAAGUCACUGAAUGAAGAUAGUGAUGGGUUAUCCGUAUUUGGGGAUGUAACGCUGCUACAAUCCCAAGAGAGUUGUCAGUAUUUAUAUUGCCUCACUCCUAAGGAUAACAUUUCAAGAGAUAUUAAAUUAAUUGCUGCAGCAAAGAAUAUUGGAAAACUGGAUAUUGUCUGGAGAUCUAACCUGGGAGAGAAAGGCAGAUUACAAACAAGUCAGCUAAAAAGGAUGACCACUGAUUAUGGAGAUAUCAGAGUAACAUAUGAAAACUUACCCAGCAAAGUACCUAUUGAUGAACCAUUCAAUUUCAAAUGUAAAAUAGUCAAUGCCAGUGAUAGAACUCUGGAUUUAAUAUUGAAACUUCGUUCACUACAAGAUUCUAGCCUGCUUUGGUGUGGUAUUUCAAAUAGAAAGUUGGGUCCACUGGAACCAGGAAAAGCCACAUUUAUUAAUUUAUCUGCCCUCCCAAUUAAUUCAGGUCUCCAUAAUAUAAGAGGGGUGUCAUUAGUAGAUUUAUUCUUGAAGAGGACUUAUGAUUAUGAUGAUUUAGCUUCUGUUUAUGUGUACUAACUAG